UAGCGCGUGCACGGAGUCCCUAAUGUUGCUCAUGCGACAAUAUGCUCCGAUGUUACGAAAAAAAUGUUGAAACGCCCCCAUCGGUGAAUUCCACGUACCUACCGGCUCUAAAACUUCACAAUUUACCAAAAGAACAUAAGAGUUUUUGAUUGAAAAUGAUAAUAAGUGACUUACGUCUUCUGUGAUUGCCGAUUACCGUGUACCUACUAUUUUGUUUUUCUUGUUAUUUGGUGUCUGUUGAAGAAGUGCUGGAAUAUACGUGUGCAAUAGGGUUGUUUGAAAGACAGAAGGUGCAUGGGGGGCAAUGGGAACUGGCACUGGGAUUGAGGGGGGGCUACGGAGGCGAAUGCCGUUGAGCAGACGAACUGGCGGAGGCGGAGCGGCUGCUGGUGCCUCAGGUGUCAGCGCUAGGGCGAUGCGCUACUACCGCCUCUGGAUUUACACUUGCAACACAGCUUUGUUGGCGGGAGCGUUGGCGUUCAGCGGGGCGGCCGCCAGAACUGUACUCUUCGAUUUCCGUCGAUCACUCAUCCCAUCACUCACGCUGUACCAACCAUCGUUCUUGUACGCUUACUUAGCGCUCCUCACACAAGGGGGCGCGCUACAAUUGCUAGGCUGCGUUGCUGCACUUCGAUUAUCCGAGAAAUUGUUGAACGCUUAUUGGUUAUUAUUGUUAGUACUGUUGUUCGGAGACGUAGUGUUGGGCGCCUUUUGGGCGUUUAGAUUCGAAAGAGUGUGUCAAGAACUUAGGCCGGCACUGCGCAUCAAGUUUUAUCAGGAGUACGGGACCAACGGAGAGUUUACAGAAGUGUGGAACAGAAUGCAAUCGGACCAUAGUUGUUGUGGGGUAACGGGUCCCGACGAUUACAAUAGCAGUGUUCUCCAAAUGCAGAUCCCAGUGAGUUGCUGUCUAAAACCACCAAGGAACGUGAACAGCACCUGCGGGGACGCAGAACACCUGCACCAUACGAACGGUUGCGAUGAAAGACUGCUAGCGUAUUUAAGAUCGACUGCAUCAUUGCUAGCCAUACUUGGUUACUGCGUAUUAGCCUUCCUCAAAAUGUGCUUCCUAGGUAUCCUGCGUUACGAAAUCCGCGAAAUGAUCCAAAAGAUUCGCAUACUUCGAACAGAGCUGGAGCUGCCUAACGUGAACGGCGUCGUCCCAGGUUCACUUAGGGCGGAAAGUGCCGAAAGUGAGAGGGAAUCUCUCUUGGUGCGACCCGAGAGUGCCGCUUUACUCUCUUCACCUCCAGCUCAGACAAAAAAUCCUAAUGGAAACAACAACUACGAAAUGAGAGAAUAUAGAAGUCGUGAAAAUAUAUGACUAAAGUACCGCCUAGAGGGUCUGUUCAACCGCGGUAGGUGGGGCCGCGUGAAGAAGGGUCCUCUGGCUACGCCACUGGAGGAUAUAUUCAAGCGAAAACCGAGGUCAAGGGUCAAGGAUGAUCCCUGCUGAAAUUUCAGGAAUUUGCCAUCGACCAGGGUGUAAAGCAGGGCAUGCAGAGCGUAGGGUAAAAUGAAUUACGAAAGCGAAGUAGGGUUCACUGUAAAAUACAUCUGCCUGUCGUAAUUGACAUUUUCAUUUGAGAACUUUGCUUUAGAAGAUAUUUUCCUAUCUCAAAUCGAAACAAUUAAGAUUUCCAUAAAUCUUACCAAUAUUUUGUUUACAGAAUGAAUUGGAAAAAAAGUUAUUAGCUUAUUUCCUCCUUUCUAUUAUUUUCAAAGAGCCGUAGACGUUUUAAAAAUUCUAAUAUAUUGUAAACAUUUGUAUGAUAUUGGAAACCAUAAAAUUUGUUGUGUACAUAUUGUUCAGGAUAAUGAACAGCUAAAAUAAUAGUCGAAAUUUAGAUAAGAUUGAUAGGUUUGCUGUGCACUCAAAGUCAACAUUCAAGUGCUAGAACUAUUGGAAUCCAAGUGACAUUAAUUUUAAUUUCUGUUGUUGGAUAAAACAGUUCAUUUAACUAAUAUUUAAUUUCUGCUGACGUGUAGGUAAUUCAUAUUUCACAAAAAUUUUCAAAUCGCAUUUGAGUUUUCUGAAAGAAAAUAACUGGGAAACAAAUGUUCAGAGUUUGUUACAAUGCUAGAAUUGUGCUGCGUAAAAACAUAAAUUUGAAUGGUCAGUGUUCAAGCAAUUUUAUAACACGGUUUAUUAUGAACGUCAGCGUUUUGUUUUUACAGAAAACACUUUGAACAUAGAGUAAUGAGUAAUGAGUAUUUGUUCGUUAUGCUUUCCAUAGUCUGUUAACUGAAGCGGUCCUGUCAAACCGAUUCAUCAAUCUUCAAAAGCUUAAUACAUUCGUGCCUCUCGGGAAAACAUGAGUUGUUUAAAUGUCUCGAUUUCUAUAUAUUAUCUAUCAUCUUUCUCGCAAGUAAAACUCAUUUUUUCAAGUUUAGAUUCUUUAAAAUAGGAGCAAACAUCCCAACUAAUUAUUUCAUAAAUAGAAAAUGUUCAACGUGAUUGGAAAAUUCAAUAUGCCCAAUUGAAAAAAAAAGCAGACAAAAUGUUUUGACUCAUGGUGUAAUCGUUGCAAUGAGUAUUAAAAUAUUAUUUUUACAAUAAUUGAAAAGCUACUGUUUUAACCAAAAAUUUAAAUUUCAAAUUAUACAGGUCGUUGAAGUGGUUACAGUUUUAAUAGAUACAGAUACCACUUUUUAAAUGCAUCGAGUAUCACAUUACAACUUCAUAUUUUUGUGCUGAGAGAUAGAAACAGGUUUUGAAUUCAAGUAAAAUAGAAAACUUGCGUUACAUGUAACUUAUUUUAAAAUGUUAAAUUUUGAGGAUUUACUAAUGAACCUCCCUGCGAAUUUACAUAUUAUUUAACACAUAUUCUGUUUUUGGGAACUAACCUACCAAAGUAAAAAUCAAGGAAAUGCUUCUCGAUCUGUAUAUACGAAUAUAAUUUCUUACUUUAUCUUUAAAGGGAUGAUUGUAAAGGAGAUAUCAAAAUGCUUGAAACCACUCCUUUUUCAUCCCCAAAUUUCAAUAUUCAUUGGAAUAUUUUAUGAUUAAAUCGUUUGAUGAGAGUUAAUGACAUUGAAAAAAUCGAAUCCGAAUAAAAAGAACCAAUGAAAAGUUUUGUACUUCAUACAAUUCUAAAUAAACUAUUUUAAAUAAAUGACCAAAUUCUAACAGCAUUCUGCUUCUUUCUAUAAUGUUUUAAUGAAACCUUUCGUUGUGUCGCUGAAUGUAUGAAGAUUUGAUAGAUUUAAUUAAUAUAUGUAUUUGAAAAAAAUAUUUUCAUGUCGUCCUACAAACUAUCUUCAUAAAAUUAUACAAAAUUUCGAUAUAUAACUGAUGUGCUUCCGAAAGUACCUACUAUUUUAAAAGAAAAGUGAGCAUGAUUUUCUAAUAUUUAAAGCUGAAAAUGGGAUAGAGUCGGGAAUUCUAGCUUUUAUCAAUAAAAUUCUAGAUAUGAAGUAAUACACUCAAGACCCAAACUAGAGUUUUUUUUUUAACUAAAAUAUAAAGAUCUCUCUCUAUUCUAUAUUUGUGACUUGGUAACCUUUUCCUUUCCGGUUUAUAUUACCUAUAUACUAUGAAAUAAACAAUUUCUCUAUGACCAUAUUUAUAAAAAAACAAUUUAUUUAGUCAAUCUAUAAGCUAGUGUUUGUUUCAUAACAAUUUUUUGACAAUAAAGCAUUUCUCCCUCUCUUGCGAAUAUGCAUUAACUGAACAAGAAUCCGUGAUUGUCAAAGUACGUAUCCAGUGCAACCGCAGACUAUUUGUAAUCAAGUGUUUUCAAUAUGUUCCCUGUGACCGCUAAAAAUUCCGUCACAAUAAAAUAGAGAAUUUAAAUCAUAGUAGAGCGUUAUGUAAAAUAUUAUUAGUCCUUAUAAUUAUUAGUCUGUUAGUUUCUCUCGAAUACAAUAUUUAAUUAUCGGGUAAUAAAGUUAUUAUCAAAUUAUAUACUAAAUACACUAAAUUAAUUGAUAUAUAAGAUAAUAUUUUGCAGACAUGAAAAUAAAAUAUAAAACAAAUUAAGAAAGUGUCGCUAUGGUACGGAAAUUUUAGAUUACAAAAAUAUUAAUGGGCAUACUUUAUAAAGACAUAUUGCUAUUAGUCACGAAAAAGCUAUAAAAAAUUUCACCUAAAUGUAAAUGUGGAAAGCUUUAUUUUCCAGGUAAACUGAAAAAUAGGAAUUUAUCUUCCACAUAUUGAUAAAACCGUAUCUACUAAAAAAUAGAAGAAAAGAACGCCCGUUUAUAUUAUUUCAUGUGUUACUACCUAUCCUCACGAUAUUUGUAAAAUGCAUAAAAAUUCCUAAUUUGUUCCUAUUAUGUAAUUCCAAAAAAUCGAUAAAUGUGGAAUUUUGUAUUUUGAGGCAUUUUUUUGUAGACUGCAAGUCUUUAAUUCAAACCACAUUUAGAAUGAAUCAUUGACUUCAAAUUAACCAUUUUAUCCAACAACCAAAAUUAAAAGCUUCUCUCAAAAAUUUUUAACAGUUUCACUUAGAACCUUCUAGUUUUCAGUGCUCGAUUUUAAAAUUCAUAACCAACACCUCAUGUACUAUGUUGAUUAAAGAAAAUUUCAAACCCAAACCACAAACUUAAGAUAAUUAUGGAUUCAAUUCUGCAGAACUCUAAAAAUGGACCCUCCCUCGUAUGUUUGCCUACGUACACUGCACGUCCUAGUUUUGGAUAGAAAACAUCUCCACCACGGUCUAACGAGUUGCAUUCACUUAUAUCAGAUGUUCCAAAAAUUUUGAAAAGCCUUAAAUUUUUUUGGAAACUUUCACAUUCAAAUUACAAAUAUACAUAUUAAUACUGAGAAGUCUCUGGAUUGAAACUUAUAUAAAGUAUAUAAUGAACUCACAUAUUAUUUAGCCGGUCUGCAAUAUUGAGUAUACUCAUGAAAUUAUUGGAAAAUAACAACAAUAUUCAAGCAAGAUAAUUCAUUUUUGAACAAAGGUAUGAAACAAGUUACUAACUUUUCUGAUUUUUAAGAAUAUUUCUAUCACUUCCAUUUUAAGUUAGAGGGAUCACUUUUUAAAACAACUUGGAACAAUACAAUGACUCAUCAAAAAUGUAGAUUUUUUCCUGUAUACUAUAUUUUGGAUCAUGAAUAUGUAUUUAAAGUCUGCCAGCUCACUUUCCGUGUUCAAAAUAUCUUGAUCAAAGCGCUUCCCAUGUUCGUCAUUAACGUAUUUCAAGUGGAAAAGGAAAAAUCAAACUGUGUGGCCAGAUUGUGAAUUUUUUAUGGCAUGUUACAGUGAAAUUCUUCAUAGGCUUCUAGUUAACGAUCUACGAUAUGAUUAUUUGCCUUGUCAUUUCCUAAAAUGUUUUUAUUAUGAUUUCAUAUACAUUAUUAUACAAAUUUCAGUCAACUAGAUCCUAAAUAAAAAAAAUUCAUAAAUUCCUAUUUGUCAUAGUAAUACUCAAUAAUAAAAAUAUUCAAGAAGGAAAGAUUCAAAAAACAUUUUUGGAACAAUUGAUAUCUAAACAACAUUAUGUACAGUGUAAAUAGCAGAAUAAAAAAUGCAUAAUUAAAAUUACAAAUUGAGUGAUAGAAUUAGUAAUAUAAAACAAUAAUAUACAUUAAAGUAGUAUAGUAAUUAUAGAAAUAAAAAUGGUGACUGCAACUCGAAACAUUGGUCCAGUACAUAGUGAACUAUUUGAUAUUUUGUUACUAAAUCUAAAAAAAAAUAUGUGUCUUAGGAAAUGAUAAAAUAAAGGUUAACCAAUAGACAGUUGAAAAGAAUACCACAAACAUAAAUUAAUUUCUAAUUAUCUGCAUAAACGAAAAGUUUUCAUGAGAAUGGCCAUAAUGGAUAAUCGGUAUCAAUUGUUUUUGAAAUUAUAUAUUUGACUAAGAGUUUUCCUCAAAUUAUUUGAUCUAUCAAGUAAUAGUAAUCACUUAUUUGGAUUUCAAAGAAUUUGUAAUCACAACGAUUUUUGAAUUAUUUCUAUCUAAAUGACACAAAUGUUAAUUGCACAUAAUUCCAGUAUAAUUUGGGAGAUGUGUACCCAUUUAUUUUAAUAAAAUCCCGUCGAAAUUAUCAGAGGUCUGCCAAUGCGUUACUGGAAAAUGAGUAACUGAAUUGCAAUAGUAGAAACAAGAUGAAAUGGGAGUUCAAGUAAACUGCGUUUUUCUUUUUCUCUUGUUAGCCAAAUAGUCACUUUUUUCUCAUAGUUACUGUUCAGUGAUUCUGCUAAUUUUACACUAGUACUACGGAAAGCAUUUAUAAUUUGGUUGGACAGAUAUUCUAAGCCUGACAUAGUUCGCAUUUUUCAAAACCAAAAUAUUUCGCGCAGAAGCAUUUACAGGGCUAUAGCCGAAUGUGAAGAAGGAAUACCAUGUCUGAGCCUCCAAAAAAAUGAUGAAAAACCACGAAGUUUCGCCCAAGAAAGAGCAGAAACACUAGUUAAAGAGCAAAAAAUAUACUCUGGGUUUUCGUAAGAAAAUUAGCAUGUAAAAAUCAUACUUCAAAGAGUACCGUAUCGCGGGAAAUAGCAAGGAAUGGUCAAAAAUGCCAAAAAAAUCUUAAAUAUAUCCCAAACCAAUCAGCAUGGAUACUAAAAUACUGUCGUCAACUAAGUCGAAUAUAUUUUGCGAAUGAGAGAGUCAUUGUUAUAGACGAUAAAAAUCAUAGAAAACAAUGGUUUUUAUAUGGGCAAAUCUAAAAUAUAAAGAAAUGGCAAAAUUCGUAUUUCAAAAUAACAUGCCUUUUGUACCAAAGCAUCCCCCCUAAUUUACCUAAUACCCGUCCAAUUCAAGCAAGCUGAAAAUGAGGAAAAAUUAUGACUUAGAAGUUUUAGAAAACUAUUUUCAAGUCGUCCAAAACCUAAUGAGAGAUUUUCGCAAAAAGUUACACUUAGUUGACGAGCACGGGUUCCUCUAUUUAGUUUGAGUCAUUAACAUUGUUAAUUACGAAGCCCGUAAUUAUGGCAAAUAAGAGAAGUUUUAUUGAAGACACUUGUUAUCAAAAAUAUGGUUGAAUAUUUUGUGCCAAAACUAUUGGGACAUACGUCAAUUCAGUUAUUUCAUCUAAUGAUAGACAUGCCGUCAAGGUAGAAAAAAUAAUUCUCAAAAUUUAUCAAUUAAUUCUAAAUAUCUCCUGAAAAAUUCAUGUCAUCCCGAGUGCGACUGAUUAAUUAGUAAAUUAUUCGAAAAAUCAUUUGCUUGGGGAAAAUAGAAUGGCGGUCCAAAUCGAUUAUUCCUCAUUCAACUUUCUACUCUUUGAACUUACAGAAAAUGUACUCAAAAAUCACGGAAUGUUUUUUUUGUUUAAGCUCUUCAAUAAAAUUCAUCAAUAAGCGGUUCAAACAGACUAAAAGUAGUCAGAACCAAUUUAAAAUGAAUGCAAGCAUUCAAAAUCGUUUCAAAGAUCUUUCUAGCGUGGCAACCUUUAUUCUACAAAAUAUCUAGGUAAAUUAUGAAAUUUUCAUCUAUUAUUUGGUUCAACUUUUCUGGUCUUUGAAUUAGAUUGAUUUUUCUGUUUAUCACUAUUUUAUCAUCUACUACAUUCGCUUCUAUCACAUUGUUGUUCACUCAGAUUAUGACAAUUAAGAUACUAACUUAUUGACAUAUUUAAUUCAGACAUAUUAAGAUGAAUGUUCUCUUUAUUUCCGAUAUCAUGAAAUUCAUAAAAUCGUUUGUCUAUUUGUCUAUGGUGGACCUUUUAUGGAUUCUAAUGUAUGUAUGUUAUAACCAAAAAUAUUUAAUGAUAAAUAGAUUUAACGAAAAUAGUUCGUUCACUUGUGUUGGUACUGGGACCUAUAACAUUGAUAAGGAUAACAUUGUUACUGAUGCAAAUAUAGAAAACUGCUUGAAUUUAUUUUGCAACCGAUGUUCCAUUCCACACAACCUACCACUCAGCACUUGAAGCAGUUAACAAAAAUAACUAGUAAGUACCGAUUUUCACUGAUCACAGAUAAGAGAACUUUCCGGAAACUAUGAUCAGGUUAACCCCAUCACGAUCUGAUUGUUCGGAAACUAAUCGAGUUAAUCGGGUCAUAGUCAUGUGGGAGACCCGUGGGAUUUGCAUGAAAUCGGUAAAACCUUAGCAGGGUAAUGAUUGAUUGUUCAAUAAAAUCGCACAUGGUUAUUUUUUUUAUUUUUAUUUGUUUUACCAGAAAAAUACUAUCAAAUAAUUUGCACCCUCCCAAAAAAUGAAAAAAAAGAGAAUGCCGUGCUGAUGAAAGUAGGUAUUUCAUUAAGUUGUUUUAUUUAUAACUUUAAAUUUGACCACAGGUUGAAUUGAUUUCAUACAAUUAAAAGAACCAUAAGGUUGGUUUCCAUUACAAUCUAAUUUUUUUCUGUAAGAAUAAUAAUUUUUUAGAACGCACGUUACUUUGAUAUUUCAACUACUUCACCUGAGGGUGCAAAUUAGGAUUUUCUACCGCACAUGCCCUGAAGGUACAACCAUUGGAGCAGCCGAUAGGCCCUUUUAAAAUCAUUUUUUUUUCCUUCGAUUUAAUCAAAAGCAUUCAUUUUCUGUCAGAAAGACACGUUUUUCGAGAAUAUUUCUUCAUUUUUUUGGGAAAUUUAAAGUAUUUAAUAGUAUUUUUUUGGUAGUACAAUAAAACAAAAUAAAUCAUUAUUCUGUCAGGGUUAAUCCGUUACGAUCAGCUGACUGGUUGUUUCAUUUGUUAAUGUUUUUUCGAACUUUAUUAAUCCACCUCAUAUGGUUUUCUAUUAUCAGUUCUAGUAAUUGAAAGGUUACUGAGUAUUACUGUAUUUAUAAUUUUUAGAAUUUCAGCAUAAAAAUAGCUUAUUGGUAUUAAACUUGGCUGCUAAAUGGUAGUUAUUAUAUUAUUAUACAACUGAAAACUAUCAAGGGAAAAUUGAUACACGAAACAAGUAAUAGAAAUCAGGACGUUCAAAAACUAUGAUCAAAAUCUCGUUUUGGAUUAGAAUCCACAAUCAGCUGAUAGGGUGAUCAUCUAUCAAAUCCAGGGUCAUAGUUUCCGAAAAGCUCUAAGGUUAUAUUGAAAUCCAAAUUUAUUCUCUAUUUAAAAUAUCUCAUUACAUUUGUGCGAGAUAUUAUUUAGCUAUCCAUGUCAUCCAUAUAUGUCUCAAAUAUUUAGAUUAUGUCAUGUACAUAAGAAAAAAAUUCCCGAACUAGUUAUCAAAAAUAAGAAAUGGUGUCGAUCCUGUAUGUUCAUUUAUCACGGCUUUGGAUUGCAAAUUCAUUACAAAAUAGUUGAUUGUUUACUUAUUUUUUUAGGUCUGCUUCGAGUGUUGGAUGGUACUAAUCUUCCUGGAAACUCCUAUGACUGCCAGUGAAGAAAUAUAACAUUAUCAAAAGUAAAAUCACAACCAAUUAACGUAAAGACGCUUUAAAUAUAAGUGUGUCGGUAUGAGCUUAACUACAGAUUUACAUAGUGCCUCGCCUUAAAAGUAAAAGUGCAUUCGGUAAAGAAACAUUAUGGUAAAAUAAAGGACAAAAUUUUUGAUUUAAUGCUAUUGGUUUCUUAUUAUUUUGGUUUGAAAACCCUCGCAUAGCGUAACUUUUUUACCCUUUAACCUACAUAUAGGAUUUAGUUGAAAAAUGUGAUCGGUGUAGUCAAAAACUGUACAACAUACUUCAAACUACAUUGAACUUGAAAUUAAAUUUUAAAGGUCUACUAUUGACUUUAUGACUGUUCAUAAAUCAGCGAUAGCGAUAAGAAUCAUGCUUGCUAUAGGUCUAAAAUAAAGUUACGUCUUUCGCUCGCUUAAAAUUAAAUUAAAAAAAAAAACUUAAAAAACCAUAUUGUAGUUUACUUAAAACGAAGAGUCACCAGCGGAAAAAAGACACAGUGGAAGAUAGCUGGAAAUAAUAAUGCUCUUUUAAAUUAUACAAAUGAAAUUAAAUCGUAGCAUUCAAUUUUUGUUACAAAAAAUAAGGAUAUGAUACCAUUCCAAACAUCUCCGUCUAACAACAACAUUCAAAAUAAUAAAAAAACUAUAACAGUAGUUUGUUCGAAAAAUUUGGAUUCCCCAAGCCAGUUAUUUUAUUUCAUUUAUACUAUGUUUUCUGCUAGCAACUAAAUGUUGAUUUCUCUCAUAGAGCAUUGAAAAAUAGUAAAAGGCUGCACAAAAAAGUAUUCAUUUUGAUAUAUUUUGAAAGAACGGUUCCUCUAAGUACAAUCCUGCUAUAUAUAACCAUGAUAUUACUGUUCACUGUUCAUGCCAAAUAUGAGUGGAUUUGGUGACUACACUGGAAUAACAGAGGCUGUCUCAUAAAUAAUAUCGAUUUCCAAUGUUUACUUAGUUCAUUAAAUAAUCAUACAAAAAGAAAGCCUUAAUAUUAUUUGGAUAUUUCUCAGAUAAAACCUCAUACAUUCGCAUCAACUGUCUAUACCUCGGCAUUGUUCACCAAACCUCCAUAAUCCCAUGAGACACACGCAAAUCAAUAAUGCGUAUUAUAAAACGAUUAUCUUUCGGCAGGACAAGAAACUCUUCACACUCAUCCACUCGACGUUUCGCUUGAAUCUCGGAUAAUUCGUGUGGCACUAUUUCGAUAACUUUUACAGAUAUUACCCUUAAAUGACUAAAUGGCGAUGUAUGGUAUCUUUAGAUAGUGUCUUAACAAUACACGACUACAUACUAUUUAUAUAAAAACGUACUACAGAGAGAAUGAUUAAAAGAAAGUAAAGUAUUUGUACUCUCCAUACAAUUAGAUACUAAUUGUCUUAACAAUUACUACAUGUUUAAAUUGAAGUGUAGAAAUGUUCUCAUAUGAAGCCCGAUAUUACUUAUGGGACACCCUCUAUGCAUGAAAUUAAAAAAAAUGUAGAAAUCCAUGAAAACCGUUGGUACACAAAAUAUUCAAGAAUAUAAAUGUCAAUUUAUAAAUAUCAGAAGAAUAAUCAGCGCAAAAUAUUGUCGUUAUGCACAUAGAAACAAUUUAGUUUCUUGUAUGUUACAGUUUUUGACGACUUACCCUUAGUACUAAUAUUAAUCAAAAGAUAUAUAAGACCCAAAAUACUAAAACACUAACUGUAACAUUAAAAACGAUUUAUUGAUAUUUCAGUACGCUUUUUGUGCCUAGAAUUUCCGUAUAAAUGAAUCGGAAAUUUUCACUUUUUCACCUACAUAAAUAUCAUUCAAACCUAUGAAACGUAAACAUAUGCACAGAGUUCAGUAUUAGGAAAUUAAAUAUUGCCUAGAGCUGUUUUAAGAGAGACACGAGGGAAGAUGGCAGAAAUUGGGUGCGCUAAAAUGCUGUUUCAUCAUAUCAUUUACUAAUUAGUCUAUUUCCAGAACAUGAAUAAACUAUGUAAACGAUGUUCAAAAUAAAUAUAAAUUUACACAAUUUCCCUUCAAGUUACAGUUCAUUUUUUAAAGAGAAAGUACAUUAGUCAAUUGAUCUUGAUGUUCACUCGACACCUUUUAAGAAAGCCUAUGCUGAUAGAUAUAAUGAUAUUAUUGACUACAAACAUUAUUUAUGCUUAACAUUUAUUGUAUUCCCAUAACGUAUUUUCUGAAUAUGAUCCCCACUUUUUAUAGCGAAUAAUCUAAAAUAUAUAGGGUUUCGUAAAGAACUGUCUAUAUAAUAAGUGAAAAAAUUUAGCACAAAAAACAAAGGUUUAAAAUAAAAUAAAAUAUUGCUGAAAUAAUUAUUCUCAAAAUGGCAUAGAUUCUAAAAGUAUCUCUUGCCACAACAUGCCUCUGGUAAUAGAGGAAAACUACCACUUAACGCUUUUCAAACUACCUCAACAUGAGUAAACUGCUUCAACAAAAAAUAUUGGAAGGUGCUGAAACUAAAAAUUUUAAUAAAACGCUUGGUAUCUAGAGGAAAAUAUUAUUUGGCGUAUAUUAUUCGUAUUUUUUAUUAAAGUUUAUCCAGUUACUUUAUGGACAAUUCUCAAUAAAUUACCGUAUAUACUGUCUAUUAUGCGGCUCAACUUAUAUUAAAAAACAAACAAUAACAGUGACAUUCUGAAAAUAAUACGUUUGUGGUAGAGAACACACCAUAGUUGGAAGUAACACACAAAAUAUUUUUUGAUGUCUUCUAUUCAAAUUCAAAAUUCACUCUCAAUUAUGAACUCACAUUGGAUGACAUGACAAAAUGCUGAAUAUAGUUACACAUAAACAAACUGGAAUGUGUAACAUUACGAAGUCAGAAAGCAUUAGCAAUAGGGAGACGUACGGUUAUUUCAAUGUUUAGAGAUUAUUUGGAUCUUCUGACAAGCGAUAGAAAUCGGAACAAAGUUGUAGAACAUUUCUAUUUGCAAUCUGGUAUUCUGGGUUAAUUCGGUUGCAUUUAGUUUAUUUACAAACUUUUGUAUUAUUUGCAGAGUUUUAACUUAUGUAAAGGAAAAAAUUGAUUGCAAAAUUUGGCAAGGAACUUUUUAAUAAGAGAAGAACGUGGUUUCAACCAGGUCACGAAAUAUAUAAGUUUUCUCUUUAUCUAUUUAUUUUUCACAAUGAAUUAUUCAUUUGAGAAAAUAAACUUCAAUAGAAAAAGAAAAUGGACCAUGAAUUACACUGAGAAAUCAAUAAGGUGGAAAAAAAUCUGACAAAAUCCAAAUGAGAUAUAUCAGCUAAUAGAAGAUUGAGAAAUGUUUUUAUAGUUUGAUGACAUAAAAAUGAAAAGACGCACACGAGAAUUUGAUAAGAUCGCGAGACAAAAAAAAUUAAUUUCUUAAGCUUUAAUUCAAAUAAUAAAUUUUUUCAAUGCUUUCAGAAUAGUACUCGAAAAUUUUAUAUGCAAAACAACAUCGAUUAUAUUUAUUCAUUUAUUAAACAUGAGUUAAGAUAACAUAAUUAGGCUUUUAAUAAACCCGAUUUGUAGCCACCUUCGUGAGUUGUGGGAUAUUUUUAUAAUUAAAUUUUGUUCAUCCUCUAAACUCUGUGAAAACAUUUGAUUCAUAUCGAAUUUUCCAUUUAUUUAUCAACAUUUAAAUAAAAAGGAGACAACAAAAUGUGUUAGGAAUUUGCUUUCUUAGUACAGGAUGAACUACAUAUAUUACCAUCUUACUAAAAGGACCUUCUAUAUUCCCAACAAGAGUGGUAGGUUUUUAAUCGAAAUACCACACUGAACACUCAGCAUGUCGCAUAAAUUCAGUCAUUUACUAAAAUAUGAUUCCCCGACCAAAAUAUCUCGAAUUUUCAAGCUUCCCGAUUUUUUUCGCGGUUUCCAGCGAGACUUGAAUUGAUUGUAUAAUUGUUAUUAUAACAAAAGCUACUCCAUGUUAACAAACGUGUGCAAGAUUAUAUAUAUAUAUAUAUAUAGAUAUAUAUAUAUAUAUAUAUAUAUAUA